CGCUUUUCACACAGAAAGACACAGUGCAGCACUUUAUCCUUGUUUAUUAAUGAACAAAAAGGAUAAAAUGAUUUUCUGUGUUAUGCUGUAUCAAUUGUAUUGCUUGUUGGAAAAUGCCCAUUAUUAGAACAGUUCAAUUUGCCGCUUAAUAUGACCUAACUUAGCGUGAGCAAGAUACAGCUUCUCAUUGGCUAGCCGUCUUACGAUGCGCAAGAGCAUACCCUUGUCUUUCUACCAUGGGUGUACAUACACCUAGGUCCAGUAUUCAACAAUCUUUUUGUAGAAAACAUGAAGAUGGUGUAUUGACAACAAAACUGUACGACAUGAGUCCAUCGACAUACAGAAUGGAUUGCUGAUGACCGUGGUGGGGGUAGAAAGGCACAUAGAGUGAUUGGUUGUUGGGACCCCAGCAACCACCAAUCAGACUUGUAGACAGAGAACGAACGUUCUUCGUAUUGUCUUCCUCUCACUUUAUGUGUCUUUCUACCCCCACCAUGGUCAUCAGCAGUCUAUUCUGUAUGUUGAUGCAUGAGUCAUCUAUGAGUUUUCUUUUCUUUCCUCCAAGGACUAGUGUUGAUUGAAAAGAGGGGAUCAUAAGGAAGGCUCUUUUUCGCACAGUUUCUUCAUCAGUUUAACUUUGCGCUAGAGUUCGUAAGCUUGGCCUAAGUAUAUACAUUAUUGUGCACGAAUCAUUUGCAUUAACAUUACGAUUUUUAAGAAGUUACACAAGUCAGCAAUAUCUUUUCAAGAUUUCAAAACGAUCCAUUCAGCCUAAGAAAAGUUCGUGAAACUCUUUUACUGCAGAAAUUUAUACAGACAUUACGCCAUAUAUCAAGAUACUAAUUACUAUCAACAAAAAUGACUUUGCCUAAAAAUAAGGAUAACUGGAAAAUAAACUUCAUUGUGAUACUAUUAACAACAUGGAUCAAAUUAUUCAUCAAUAUACAUAAAGAUGCAGUAACAUAUAAUAUGACAUCACCAACGAACACUUCACUAGCAAUUAUUUCAGAAAAUGAAUAUGUUAUUGCUACCUGCUACGUGUUCAUUCCUUUUCCUUGGUGUUCUUUUAUUUUUGCGUUACUAAAUACUUCUACUACUUGGUACUUUGUACUUUUUUCAAUGUUACUAUCUACUUCUACUACUUGCUUUCUUAUGUUCGCUUUUACUUUUGGAUAUAGUGUGCUUAUGGCGGUAUCUUUAUGCAGUAUAAUAAUAUGUUUAAUAGAACCUAUACUAUUGCCAUUGAUGUACAUCCAGAUAAUCCAUGACCUAGAUCUCAUAGUCCCAUGGUUAAAGCAGAUAGGAUGUAUUAUACUAGACGAGAUAGAACUUAUUAUACUAGCCCUUUUCCGUCUCGUUCACCAUAUCCAUGCCGGAUUAAAUUGGAUAGUCAGAUAUUAUUUAUUCACUGGAUAAUCUGAUGUUAACAUCAAACAAUCAGAUUAACACCAUUGCUUUCGAUCAGAGAAACCUGCGAGCGACCAUGGCCAUUUUUGACCAUUAGCGUCACCAACGUCCAUUUUCGCGUAUGAAAUUAUAAAUCGCAUCAAUGUAACGAGUUAACUACUGAAUUACUUUUUUCAAUGCAUAAUAUAUAAUGUUAACUAAUUCUGGCAUUAUUAUUACCGUUAUAACAAAUUGUAACAUUUCAAAUCGUUAUUAAGAUUUUUAAUAAAAUUAAAUAUUGUAGAUAUAAAUUUUAGAUAUAAUUAAAAAUAUUAGAUCUUAACAAUUUUUUAGGUAGCAAAUUGACGUUAUUUAUCAUUAUCUUAACGUAAUAACAUCGUUAAAGACGUUAUUUUGAUAUUAAAAUGACAACAAAUAACGCAAAUUUUUUUAUUUCAAUUUAUAUGUAAUAAAAUUAAAUAAUUUAGAGAAUAUGUACAAUAAUUAACAGUUGCUAUGAAUUGCUAUGUAAUGAAUUAAUAUUGAAGACAAUAAACUAUAGAAUUAUUAAGUUUGUAACAAUAUAACUUCGGCGUUGAUAAUCUCUUUUCUUUCCCAAUUUUAUUUUAACGUGGCCAUUAAUAUAAAAAUGUUUUUAUUAGUUUGUUGCUUUAUAUCUUUUUUAAGGCAUUUAUGUCUCUUUUAAGGCAAGGCUCGGAAAUGUUAUGAUACGGCCGAACAUUAUGAAUCAUACGACGAAAUAGAGUGUCCACCGACUAAGCCUUUAUGUGUCAAAUAUUCAAGCAGUCAGUAUAUAAAAUAAAAGAAACUUAUGAUUUUUAUAACACGUUUGUGAUCCUACGUUUAAAAUACUUUAUACGAAUAAUGUUUUUCAAAAUGUUGCAACGUUUACUCAGCUCUAUUUUUUAAAAUAUGCUAUCACAACGCUAAAAAACUUUAUUUGAAUUUUUUUCCAAUUUCAAGUUUUCUUCUAUUUUCUUUUUGAGUAGCUUAUAGAAACUUGUGUAUUUUUUAAUUAUUUCAUGAAGCGUUCAAAGAUGCGUAAGAAUGUAGUCUUUAUCUCUAGCGAAUUAAACAAUACAACAUUUAACAUUGUAUUUAUGUACAUGUAUAUGUAUAUAAAGUGUAAGUUAAAAAUAAAACAUUUUUUAGAAA